AUGUUAAAGAGUGUCGCGAGCGGUUUUGAAAUAAUGUCCGCAAGAGAUGAUAGCAACCGUGGAUGUAACCCGUCAGGGCCCAGUAUCUUACCAGGUUUGAGGUUAGUUAUCAACGGUAGGACAGUUUCCUCAGUCACCUGUACAGAUUCAAUGGUUGGUAUCUCG